CAUCUAUUCUGUGGUAGUAGAGUAGUUUAAAUUUAAAAUCACGAUCUAAUGCAGCUUCUAUUCCAAAUAAAUAUAGAAAAAGUUAAGCAUUUUGGAGUUUUUCGACUAUAUAGAUAUUAAAGAAUGUCACCAUAGAAAUAAUAUAUUCUAUUAUAUGUCCAUGCUAUAAUCGGAGUAAUCACUUUUCGUGGCUAAGAUGUUACUCGUAUUGUUCUAUGGAAAAAGUUACAAUCUUGGAUUUCAAUCAAGUCCCUUGGAAUGAAUGUUUUGUGGAACAAUUAAUACGAGUCUGUGCAAAACAAUCUUGUUAUCACUUAUCAGCUUAACACUAAUGCACAAAUGCACUACAAAAUAUAAGAAUCGAAAAUAACUAUAAUAUUGUCCUAGUAGUUGUUGCACUAGCCACCACGAUUUAAGUCUAAUAGUAUAAACUAUAAGAUAGUCGCUAUUAUAGUCUAGUAAUUUUGAUAUUUUGAUUUAAUAAUUAUUGUAAUAGUUGUAGGUAUUAAUAAUUAUAAUUAAUAUUAUACUAGAAUUAUUUAUUAUCUUUUAUUUUUUAUCCCUUUAGAUUAAACGUAAUUUUUAUUAUUUUGAUUUAAUAAAUUUAAAUUUUAGUUACCUAUAAAAAUAAUUAAUUUAAUAUUUAGGUAUUUGUUGUAUAAAUUAAGUUACAUCAAUAUAAACAAUGAGGUAUGCUCAGUUGGUGAUGGGACCAGCCGGGAGCGGAAAGUCCACAUAUUGUUCAGCUGUAGCAGAACAUAUCGAAAAUGAAAAAAAUUCAGUGAUGAUAGUUAAUUUGGAUCCAGCAGCUGAACGUUUCAAGUAUUCUCCAACUGUUGAUAUACGUGAAUUGAUUCACGUUGAUGAUGCUAUGGAUGAUGAAAUAUUGCAUUUUGGACCCAAUGGAGGAUUAGUAUUUUGUAUGGAAUAUUUAAUAGAAAAUCAAGAUUGGCUUAGGGAACAGUUGGGUGAAGACGAUGAUGACUAUAUUCUAUUUGAUUUGCCCGGACAAAUAGAACUAUAUACUCAUAUGAAAACUGUUAAACAACUGGCAGAAUUACUCCAAAACUGGGGAUUCAAUGUGUGUUCAGUUAUGUUGAUCGAUUCUCAGUUUAUGGUAGAUGGACCAAAGUUCAUUUCUGGAACAAUGGCUGCUUUAUCAGUUAUGAUUAACUUAGAACUUCCGCAUGUUAAUGUUCUUUCAAAAAUGGAUUUACUUAGUAAAACAGCUAGAAAACACUUGGACAAUUAUUUAGAGCCAGAUACUCGUGCAUUGCUGUCUGAUGUUAAAAAUCAUACAACCUGGGGAAAGAAAUAUCGGUAUUUAACUAAAUGUAUUGGUAGAAUGAUCGAGGACUACAGUCUUGUUCAAUUUGUACCAUUAAACAUAAAAGAUGAGGAAAGUAUUUCUGGUUUACUAUAUACUAUUAACACAAUGAUUCAGUAUGGCGAAGAUCAAGAUGUUCGUAUGACUGAUUUUGAUCAACAAGAUUCAGAUGAUAAUGCAGGAGGCGUUGAAGAAUUUGAUUAGGGUAUAUGUAGGUUACACAUUUUUAGUGAUACAAUUUAUGUAUAAUUAAAUUUGGAUAAUGUUUUGAAUGUGUAACUGUUACAUUAUUAUUAAUUGUGAAGACUGUGUUAUUACUAUUAAAGUUAUACAUUGAUUAAAUUGA